AUGACUGACCUUCCAGAGUCGCCUCGUCGGCGUCCUCUCAGUGCCCAGCCCUUUUCGAGUCUCCAAUAUCCCACCUUGCCUCCAGCAACCGCCUCGGUGGAGGAGUGGUUGUCUCACUCCCGACCCACCAACAUGACGUCAGAUCGACUAUCCGACGAUGGCCCCAAAUCGUUGACGGACAGCUGGGCCACACUGAGUGUGUCCGAUAUCCACUCCGAAGAUGGAAGUCACUCAGAGCAGACCGAUGUAGGCUCCUUGAUCGAUCAGGCGAGCCCGGACGAUGUUGCGAGUCUCGACGAACGCUACAGCAGCAGCGAGGCAAGCCAGGAUGAAGACAACCAAGAUGACGAUGGAAUCGACAACGACGAGGUGCAGUGCACCGAGUCAGUCUCCCAGGAGCUGCCUCCUCUCUUUGCAUCCAGGGGAAGUGCGAUCGACGACAGCACGACCACCACAAAGCCCUCCUUCCCACAGACCAGUGAUUCGAUCGAGUUUGUGGAGCCCGAGAUGUGGCCGGAGAUCGAGAGGGUGGAGCUGAAGCAUACCAUCCGCAUAUUCGAAGGGGCAGCAGCUUCCGAGCUCAAAAGCCGACUGCCCUACAACCCAACCGACUCCAUUCUCAUGGCCACAGUUCAACAGACCAUGACCAAACAGAGUCUCGAUCUAGACAAGCCCUUCCGCGUGCUAUAUGUCGGAAACCCUGGGUUCCGGAACAUCAUCCUCGACAAGAUCGGGGAUGUCUUAGUAUCGAGCUCCGGCGCUGGCUCCGAGGCGAGCUCCGCAGAAUCCUCCCGCUACCACGUUGUACCAACCUCGUUCGGCGCUGGCGCCGUUCCCACCUUCGCGGAGCUCCUGCCGAUCCAUGUCCAGCUUGUGGUGGAUGAGUGCGUGGAGGCCACCGCCGAUCCACAUGCAGACCGUCCUAAUACCCUCAACCUACGGUUCAAGAACCGCCCUCCUUGCACUUCGGCUUGGAACGGGAUUGACUACCGGGUCUCCUCCAUAUCUGACUGGACUUUACCUGAUGUGGCCAUUAUCUUCAUUUCUAACAGUGAUGAUAAGACUGCUUUGAAGACCCAGCGUCUCGCUCAUGCUUUCCUAGAGCGUCAUGGAAUUCCGGCUAUGGUGGUUUCCGAAGAGCCACUGUGGAACAUGGCUGGAGAGGUAAUCCCUCUCAACCAUAACAGUCUGCACACCUGCCUGGAAUCCCGGCAUCCACUUUCCGGGGAGACUGCUGUUCUGCGACGGUAUCCCAUCGACUUGAAGACAUUUGAGAGCAUCACUGCUGGCCAGCUGAAUCGGAAUCUCGCCUCACUCGUCAGCUUGUAUCCCAGGAAGACACACAAAGUCACUGCUCACACCUCCAAGCCACCCCAGCGGCAUAUCUUUGCUGAUCUCGAGAAGUACCCUGCUAACUGGCUUCCGCCUUCUUAUGCCUCCAAGGCCAGAGAACUGGCCCCCAUGCUGCGUCUGGCUACUCUGGCUCUCAUUUCCAUCAUUGCUAUGUCUAUUGGAUAUACGGCCGUGAAGGUUUUGGUCGCCUUCCUAGGACAGUUCAUUGUUGGCACAUCUCUUACCAGCGCAUCCAUCCCAGUCGCUUCUCAACUCUCCACCGCUUCCAUAUCAGCCCUGAAUCGAGCAAAUCAAACUCCUAUCGUGCAAUUCCCGUCGUCAUCGGUGCGACUCUUGCACGUCCCCUCCAUGGAUAGCUCUAUUUCCGCAGAUGUCAGGUUGUCGACUAUCUCAUCGCCUCAAACAAAGACUGAUCAAUUUGAGUUCCAAGUCAUUGGGGACUACCAUGUUGUCAUCAAGCCUCCCCAGAAGUUUGCAUCGUCCAAAAAAGCCCCCAACUUCAAUAUCAGCGUUCAGAGACAGGAUAAGUAUCUUCCCUAUGAGCUUUCAGCGCUAUUUGAGGGCGUUUAUACGUUGAAGUUGAAUCGGGAGGAUGCAUAUGGCCUGGUCAACUUGACCGUCACGCCCAAGUCCAAACGUCCAGUCAAUCAGACCAUCCACCUCGAUUUUGGAACACCUUGGCUGAAGAUCUCGAACUGGAAGCGCGCUGCUCGAGAGAUAUCAGCAAACAUCGCCAAAGACCUGCACACAGCUCAAACCGGCUUGAUAGAGGUUUAUGGCCGGUUUUCUACCGACUUGGCAGUGAUCAUGGGCGAUGUCGUGAAGAAGGCCCAUUUCUUGCGUCGGGAUGCGGAAACUCUACAACACGAAAGCCUGCAUGCGCGCGAUAUCGUCCUGUCCCGCUCCAAGGAAAUGUCCGAGGCCCUGGCCCGUAAUGCCCGCCAAGGCCUCCAGGUCGUCUCCUCUGCGCUACAGAUGCAUACGACCAGUCUCAACAAGGAAGCUCAAGUAUUCCUGCAUGAUACCUGGAGCCGACUCGAGAGCUCAACUCCCAAGCUGGAUCUUCACGGCAUGAUGGACCGGAUGCGCAAUGCCCGCAAGUGCGAGGCCUUGGGCCGGGCUCAAUCUAAUGCGAAAGACAUCAUGAAGAAGAUAUGGCUACCUCAGUCCGACGACUGA